GACCAAUGUUUACCUAGAGCAGACCACAGAGACAACAAACAGUACACUACAUGAUAAAGCAUUCAGUACAAGUUGUGCCGUUUAGACAUUGUUUGAGGUCUGUCAAAGGAACGUGAACAGUAUUUUCUUAUCUACAAACAAUCUUAUUGAAUAAAGACACAUGUACGAAAGCAAUGGGUCUAUCUCAAUCGACACAAGGGGAACAAAAGAAUGAACAGCCACAACAAGUGAGCAGUCACAGUCCGUUAGCUCAACACACUAGUUGGCCACCAACUGUUUACGGCCCACACUCCUCUCACACUACAACAGAUCAAUGUAUCACUGUUUCAGACACCACUCAGAUGACUACUACCACUCAUUCACAGUCAAGUGCUCAUUUCCAAUCGUCCAUUAGAACUAACACUGAACAAAUAGAGGCUAGUCCUCAAGAUUACGGUUGUCUGAGUACUCCACCAGCUAGAAGGGUGUGUUUCGAUAGUCCUCAACAGCUCAAUUCUAUAGCUACAUGUACACGUCCGUUGACUACUGGAACUGGAAGGAAAAUUUGCGAAACUAGUCCUUCAGAUAUUCCGCCUGCCACAAGGGUUCACCUCGAUCAGUUGGUAGGUAGCUCACAUCAGUACGAGAGUGAUGAUACAUGUAUACAGCCUUAUGAAAGUGAUAACUCACUGCAAUCUGCCGAUGAACAUAAUGAGAUUGAUGAAUAUUCUAUAGCAAGUUCAAGUCAAACAACACCGGUUACAUGCACUAAUCAGUUUAUAGACCUCAACGAAAUGUAUACAGAACUUUUCGAAGCUCGUUCAAAAUGGUACAAUCUAGGCCUAGCACUGGGUCUUGAUGCAGGUACACUUGAUAGCAUUGAAAUUGAACGUAGGACAUGCGAAACUUGUUUAAGGGAAGUCCUAAAACAACGAGAUAACGCCACAAAGUUAACAUGGGAAGAAAUAGACAAAGCUUUAAGACAAUCUACUGUUCUAAUGAAUGCAUUGGCUGAUAAAAUACAAGAAAAAAUCUUGAGAAAAAGCUUAUCAACAAGUAGCUCACAACCUAGCAGUGACCCCACUCCAGAAUGUGUUGUGAGGUACUCCAGCUUCCUCAAAGACAGGUACAAACAGAUGUCACCUUUUCCAGACGAUUGGCCACCACCAUUGAAAGAGAAGUUUACAAAACUAGCUCUAAUAGAGAGAAAGAAACACGCUAAACCCCAACCAUCAAUCGAGUAUGAUUACGCUACUGGUAAUGUGGACAAUAUUGUCGAGAGAAAGACAGUGAUUAUGCUAGAACAGAUCUUCGAGCCUUUAGGUGGCGAUUCCAAAAUAGCUGCACCAAAAAGGUACACUGUUGUAAUGGACGGAGCCCCAGGAGUAGGCAAAACCUCACUCAGCAGGAAGAUAUGCAUUGAUUGGGCACAAGGGAAGCUCAUCAAGGACCACCACAUUGUUAUUCUCAAACCACUAAGGGAACUAAGUCACACAGCUGCCUCAUUAUCUGACCUAUUAAACACUGACGACCUUAAGCAACAUGAAAGAGAGGAAAUCCUCGAUCACGUCAAGGGCACGUUUGGUUUGGGAGUCAUGUUCAUCUUUGAUGGUUUUGACGAGCUGAGCAGUAAGCAACGAUCUAAUAAAAAUACUAUUUUCUGGGAUAUAAUUCGAGGGAAUCGCCUACACAACUGUUCUGUGCUGGUUACAUCACGCUCAUACGCCUCAGGCCCACUACAGGAACUCAAUCGUGUCAAUCGAUAUGUCGAAGUAUUAGGAUUCAAGAAAAAGGAUAUUAAACAUUGUAUUAAGCAAAACGUUACAGACAAGACAAAAGCAGAGAAGCUAAUACAGAUGCUGAAAGAGAGGUUGGAUAUUGUCUCCCUAUGCUAUAUCCCUCUAAACUGCAGAAUUGUACUGUAUGUCUACCAGCAACAAGAUACCUUACCCGACACACUCACACAACUCUAUGAGGUAUUCAUUCUGUACACAGUCAAACACUACAAGAACAAAAUAUUUCAAGAACGAGAGCAUGAAAUUGACUAUGACCAGAUAGAACAUGCUAAUACUAUAAAGAAAUUACCAACUCAAGUUAUCAAGUGUCUAGACUGCCUAUCAGAGACUGCAUUCACAGGAAUGACUCAAGACAAACUGGUCUUUGAAUAUACAGAAGUCACCGAAGAAAAAGGUACUUUGUCACUGGGACUGCUAAACCUAAUAAAGUGCAUGGGAGUAAUGGAGGCUCAUUAUUAUCAGUUCCUUCAUUUAACCAUUCAAGAGUUUCUAGCAGCCAGACAUCUCGCACUAACAAAGAGCAACAAAGACAAACUAGAGUUUAUUACAUCCAAAAUUGGUGAUGAUAGAUUUAGAAUGACUUUACUCUUUCUCUCUGGAUUGACUCAACUUGAUUUUCUUCCCAUUGAACAAGCCUUCCCAGCUCCGAAAUCAAUAGACACUAAUAAGAGAUCUUGCUUCUUGUUCCUAGCCCAUCUUCAAUAUGAAAGCCGACAAACAACAUACAACUGGCUUUUGCCCUGUCUGGUGAUAAAUUCACUCAACUUGUCAAAGCAGAGUCUCUCUCAGUUCGACUGCCUUGUCUUGGCCAACUUUCUCGCCCUAACUCCCAAAGAUCACGUGUGGAAUGAGAUAAACUUGUCCGAGUGCAGUCUUAAUAAUGACUGCUUCAAGACAAUAAUUACAAAGAAACAUUCACUAAGAGAUGUUCCAGUAUUGUGCUUAACUAAACAAUUAGAUGUGACUUCAAACGAAGUCAAUGCUGAGGAUAUAUUGAUGCCGCUAUUAUCAGAAGAGUCGAAAGUGGACAGCAUUAAUAUUAGUAUCCCACACCACGAAUCAUGCACUCAGUUAGGAGGUGCAAUUGUGAAAAGAUUAAGGAAAUUAAAGAAAUUAAUAAAUUUUAAUUUUCGUCAACACCUUUCAUAUCACGAUCAAACAGUGCUAUCAAAUAGAGAGAUGAUCAUUCCCACACAUUCCAAAAUUUGCUCAGGAAUUCUUACAACAUGUUUUAAGUUUAUUCGACCUGAAAUUUUGAAACAACUGUCACUGGCUGGCCUCAAAGCUUUUGAAGAUUGCCCAGAUUGCUCUGGUUCUGGAGAUGAGGCUUGGGAAAGUGUUUGCAGUGUCAUCAAAAAUAGUAAGCGUAUAAAACACCUUCAACUUCACAAGAGCCAGUUCCAUUUAAAUGAUAUUACAACACUAAUAACAGCUUUGCAAAACAAGAGAAACCUGCGUACCUUACAUUUAUAUGGAGACAAAAUAAGCCACGAAGGUCUAACACAUUUUCGAAAUAACUUGCCACUGAAUGUACGUGGUCACAUUUCAAUAUCUAAUAAGGUUAAAUUGGCAAUGUCAGUACACGAAGACAAACUUGUUCAUGUUGAUAUUGAGUCACCUGACGAGUACAUACAUGAUUUUGACUCAGAGGAUCUAUUUAUGCCCUUUAAGCCCUUGCUAGAAGAAGAUUUGCCAUUGGAACUACAUGGAGUAACUGUUACCACUAAAUCAUUCGUGUCCAAGGCUCUACUCAGGUCAAUAGGAAAUAGCAAAACAGUAACUAGUUUAACAAUAGCCAAUCUUUCUAAGAAGAAUUUCACAAAAUGUGCUGGAAAUUUUCAAGAUAUGCUUAAGAAAACUAAUAGAUUACAAACACUGAAACUGGACACAUGUCAACUGAAUGACACAGCUAUCAAACAAUUGGAGGAUGGACUCUCACUCAAUUCAACUGUGGCACUCAAGUUAGAAGACUCUAGUUGGAGAUACUAUAGUUGGGAAGACAGCAGCUGGCUCAAUGCACUACUUACAGUGAAGUCCCAAAAUCUUUGUGAACUAAAUUUAAGAUGUACUUUGAAUGAAGAAUAUGUGAAACAACUUUCAGAGAUAGUCACAACAUGCAAGCAGUUACAAGUCUUGAAAGUAAUAUUAAAGGAUAAUUCAGAAAGUUUCUUUCAUGUUCUAUCAGAAAAUCAAAGCCUGCGAGAACUCAGUGUCCAGACUACUGGUAAGAUGGCAGUAUUGUUGUUUCAAACACUCCCAUCAACCUCCAUCACCACUUUAGACUUAUCAGCGCCUUUCAACAGUGAAGGAUUUGGAAAUGAGGGAUCUUUAGCCUUUAAACAGUACAUUCGUGGAAGUAAAGUACUAACUGUUUUGAGAGUUGACCAGUUUCGUUUAACGGAAGAAGCAUUUAAGGGAAUUACUUUUACAAAGGACUCUCCUUUGAAAAAACUUAGUCUCAACAAUAAUUAUGAAGUAAAGAAAGGUUGGACAGAACUUUUCAAUGGUCUUUGUUCAUCAUGCAUCACCACACUAGAUGUCAGUGAUAAUAUAUUGGAUGGAGAAGAGUGUUGCACAGCUUUGAAAUGUCUACUCAUUAACAACAAAACACUGACUGUUCUAAAAAUAAGUCGUCGAAGUAAGACAAAUGACGAUGUGGUUUGUUGUAUUGCUGACACUCUGUCACAAAAUUGCUCGCUGAUGGAACUAACAAUCAGCAAAUACACAUUAAGCAUUCUGGGAUGUACAAAACUAUUUGAAAGCUUACACGAAAACACAACGUUAAACACGUUAGACUGUAGUGAAGCUUAUUUACAAGAACUCGACCCAAAAGAUGAAGUCGCUAAAUCUGUGUGUGAAAUGCUAAUACACAAUCAAGGCCUUCAAAAUCUAAAUAUUGCCGAUAAAUUGAUUGAGGGUCAUUUAAAAGAGUUUGCAACGGCAUACAUUCAGAGAAAACCUGUCUUAGAUUUAACUGUUGGAAAAUUGGAAGAUGAGUUAGUGAAAGAGAUCGAGGGACUUGAAACAGAUACUGAUAAGGAGUACAACAUCAAAAACAAACAUAAACCACUACUGCAGAUUUAGAGACUGCUAUCAUUGCAAUGCCUCGGGCAUACUUUGUUUUGCUCAGAGUAUUAUAAUUAGUGUAAUAUAGAAGACGUUCAGCAUAAAUUUCCAAAAUGUUUUUUACAUAAUAACUCAGUAAUGAAUCACUAA